CUUGUACACCCACCAUCUAAAAUGUGCCUUUCCGUUAUAUUAAUAAAUCAUGGAUGGCCAGCCGUUCGUAAGCUUGUUAAUGAAGAUUUCUAUCCUCUUGGAACUUGAAGAGACGUCGUCCUGAUUUCUCCAUCUUUCGAUGCCUGUCCGAUAUCGACCGUGUGUAUCAUAAACACAUUAUUGGAUCGCUGGCGAUUGACUCAUAUAUUAUUUCGCAAAUAUUGAACGCAAAUAUCGAACGAAGUAUAUUUAUCUAUCCAGCAUAUUCUCGCAUUACGAUAACCCUAUACCUCAUCUCCCGAUCAAUCCACAAAAUUCCAUACAUUCAUCAUGGUUUUCGGAUUUUUCUCUUCACCUAUCAUGAAGCGGAAAUGGAAGUUUCCCAAGGCUAUCAUCUGGCUUAAUGUAAUCGAACUUGCGGGAACCGUCGCAGCACUCGUCAUGUUCGGUAUCGCAGAUCCAGAUUUAUAUCGAACGAUUUUAUGGCAAAUUGGUUACGAUAAUGGAUUUAAUAGUAGUCCGGAUGAGGUCCUAUAUGCGUAUGCGAAUUAUCGUCCAUUGCCAAAGAUUGCUUUUGUUUGGAGUCAGACACUACAAAAUUUCAAUAUUGGAAUCUCGGUUCUAACUAUGUUCAUCCAACUUUGCAAAGUUGUCAUGUUCAUUAUGCAUAUUUGGUUUCCUCUUCUCUCGACUAUUAUCAAUGGACUUCUCACAGUCUGCUGGAUUGUCAGUAUAUAUGGACAAGCCGGACCAGAUCACACGGAUCCAGAUCAUCCAAGUAAUGUGGCUUGGUAUAUUGCAAAGAGUUGUUCAUAUGCUGCACCUAGUGGAAAUGAACAUUAUUGUCAAAUGGCAAAGGGAACUUUUGCUGUUACGGUAUUUAUGAUGAUCGUAUUCCUCGCCAACACAAUUCUCGGUAUCCAUUCUCUAAUUCCUUCACGCCUGGAACGUUCAGUCAAUGCACUCGAUCUCGAAGAUAAUAUCGAAACAUCAGCCAAAGCAGGCAAGAGAGUAAAGACAACAGAUUCUCCGGAUUCAGAGAGGCAAUGGGAAAUGCAGAAUAUGCAACAAAGUAUGGAUCUUUCUAAACAACCAUUUACACCAAGAACUUUGGCUUUCAAAUCUUUGGAUCGACAAUUACCUUUGAGAGCUACUUCGGCACCGAGAUUUGCGUAAAUAUUGUUGUGGAUUUUGGGUAGGAGUUGGUGAUUUGAUUAUUAUUGCAUGGGGUGAUUGUUUGUGGUUACCGGAAGGCAAAGAAGACCAUGAUUUUGGAAUCAAUUUGUUUCAUGGAUUGGGCCGGCCAGAAAAUGGACCGGCGAGAAGGAAACAUGGACAAGAAUGGGUAGGGAGGAGCGACGGUCAAUUGAGAUACCAUGGGAAUGUGAAGGAAUUUGUAUAAUGUGUUUUAAUUUCCACGAGAUACUGAGACAUUGAGUUCUUGUUUUUUUUGCUUCUACGUUUAUAUCAUUUGGGUAGUUUGAUAGGUGGUAUCCUACAAGGUUCAGGUUAUGAGAUUUCUGAUUCAAUGCUUGGAAGAUCGUACUGUGGUUGAAAUUUGGAGGAUGUGAUCGAUGAUGGUGAUUUGGCUCGUGAAUAUAUAGAGAAUAUGGUGGUCAUGGUGGUUAUGGUGUAAGAGCGCAUUGAAGAAUUAUUCCACUAGGUAAAUACCUCGAGAGUAUCUAGAUAAAUAUUCAAUUACAUAAUCUGGCCAAUAGAUUCGAUGGAUCUGAAAUAUUUCGAUUAUGUAAGGUUGGUGAGCCAAUUGAUACGACG